AUGUCCUCUUCACAAUAUCUAAUACCUAAAGAUCCACCCUCAUAUGAUUCAUUAUACCAAAGCAUACCCUCACAAUCUUCAUACUCUCACUCGUUAAACAGUCAAAAUAAUAGUAGUCAAACAGCUAAACUAUCGUGCGCAAUUAAGAGAUACAUUCGUCGACAUUCGCCUUUUUUGCAAACUACAACUGCUGCCAUAUUUGUAGCAGCCACUGUUUCGGCCACCGUCAUGUUACUUUUAUGGCAGCUACAAAAUUUGGCUUCACCACAAGAUCCCGACGGACCUUGGUUUGAUCUUGAUGAACACUCCAUUUCUUGA